GUUACUUUCGAUUUACCUUCAGAUCAUUUAGUUUAAAGCUCCUUUGUUUAAUUUAUUACAUGCCCUUUUGUUGGAAAGACAAAGUAAAAAGCAAAGCAAAACACUGUCUUGUUUUUUUGCAGAUCAGAGCUUUAAAGACAACAUGGGUACUUUCUGGUAACUCUUCUUCCAGAAAAUCUUCCUAUUUCUUUUCUCUCUUUUUCUUUUCUUUAUUUUAUAUUGUUUUUUCAUGCUUUGUUUUGAUGGAGAGCUUCUUUCUUAAAUGAGUCUGGGCAGUGAAGCAAGCAAAAAAUCUCUUCUCUGAAAGGGGAAAACAAAGCUCCCUCCACAUCUGUAUCUCUUCUCAUGGAUUCUGGUGGUAGUGUUCAAUCUUCGAGUGGUGGCAGUGAAGAGUUUGAUUCACGCGCUGACUCGUUCUCAGCUUUUUUUAACAGUAACACAUCGAUCCAUAUUGGUCAUGGUCCGCCGCAGCCGACGAUGAUGCAGCGGCAACACCACCACCACCAAAGUCAGUCUCCGUCGUCUAUGUUGUUUGACCCUUUAUCGAACUACUUGGAUCAUCCUUUAUCAAGUGCGACGAACCAAGACCUUGACGUUGUUUGGUCCAAAAAUACAAGAUCCGAGCCCGGUUGCAAUGAUCUGGCUGGGUUUAUGGCCUCACAAGAAGCACAAAGCAGAGCCACUUUUUCUUCUGUGCAGAUCACUGUAGAAUCAGAAAGUUGUACAAAAGCUUCAGCUUCAGGCACAACCGACCAACAACCCAGCAACAACAAUAUGAUUCGUAACUCAAAGAAGAGAUCCAGAGCUUCUCGGCGUGCUCCAACGACCGUUCUUACGACAGACACCACUAAUUUCCGAGCCAUGGUUCAGGAGUUCACCGGGAUCCCUGCACCGCCCUUCAACUCCUCACCUUUCCCAAGAACCAGGCUUGAUCUAUUUGGUACGAGUUCCAGUAUGAGAUCAACUCAGUUAGACCGUUCAUCUCCUCAUUAUCUUUUAAGACCAUUUGCCCAAAAACUCCAGUAUCCUCCCCCAUUUACACCUAGUACUAAUUCUACUUCCAGUACAACUUCCAUUAACUACCAACUACCUCAAAAUCCACUCAACAACAUCGGCAUGCAAAACCCAAUUCUCAACUUCGUAUCCCUCCUUCAAGCCCCUCAAAAAUACCCAGUUUCCAAUUCGACAGGGUCCUUGAAUAUUCCAUCGAACGAGUCUCUUCUCAGAAUGGGUGUUUUUGAAGAGUUCGGCUUGAGCCAGGGGUAUGGAAACACCAACCUCAGCGGGUUUCAAAACACGGUUCCAUCAUCAUCAACAGGGUCUCAAGGAGUAAAUGAUCAAAGUCUUGUAAGGUCCAUCAAUGUAGGCGGCUACAACGGUAACACCCAAAGAGUUACCAAUGGGAAAGGGAACAACUUCCCGGUUCCUUCAUCGGAUUUUCACGGAAAGGGCCGGAAAUUGUAGCUACAAGAAGUGAAGGUAUGGUUGAAUCAUGGCUAUGUUCAUCUGAUUAGGAUUUAUGUAAAAUAUUAUCAACAAAAUUAUAAAAAAAAAUAUCCACAAAGAAUAGCAUGGUGAAUAUAUGAUGCAUGAAAGAGAUGGAAUCUCUCUUGUUCUCAUUUUAACCAUGAUUUUCAAUAUAUGUAAAUCUAAAUCACUGUUUUUCCCCCACCACUUUCUUGAAAGAUUAUACCCCUCCUCUUGAAUUUAA